AGUUCAGGAUAACUUUUAGCCGGGAUCGCAGACACGUGAUACUGUGGGCUAAAAUUCUAAUGUACUUGGGCCCUUUCAUAUAUUUGGGCUCUUAAAUUACUGGCCGAUGACUACAAUGUCCUAAGUUAGAUGUUGAGAAAUUGCGAACCCAUGCGACAGAAGCUCUAUAAAUUACGAAAAGGAAAGAAAAAGCAAAGGGUUUCAGUGCGUAGCCGCGCAGUGUGAAAUAGCGUCCACGUGAAGGCACAGAGAACAAAAGCAUAAUAUUAUGUAUAUAUAGGGCAGGGCAGCAUUACUGUUCAAAUGUUAUUGAAUUGAUACACCGGGUAUAAAAUCUCAGCUUCUUGGAAGGUAUAGGGGUUUUGGGUUCACUAGCCUUCCCUGUUUCCUCUCCACCGCCUCACUCUCAGAUUGUACUAUAAUAAUGAGCCAAGCGCCACAAUCUGGUGCUCCUGCUCCCAGAAAGAGGAGGUUCAAACCAAAAGCUCCUCGCCCGAAGGCUGAAGUUAAACCCGAUCCGGAGGAGGAAGAGCAAGCUAGUCAUGCUGAAAAGGAGAGGGAGCUGCUCAGACGUUUCCAUGAACAAUCUUUGAGGGUAAAGCCGAAACACGAAAAGAAAGAGAAGCCUGUGGAAGUUGCAUUUGGUUCUGGGGGUCAAUCAUCAUCGACCAUAAGAUCAUAUGGGGCUCCCAGGGGUGCUAAUGGUGGUGGUUUUAACCCGGUCAUUCAAGAGGAGAAAGAAUACAAGUCACCAUUUGAUAUCUACGGUCAUUACCCUAUAUCUCUUCCUCUGAGGCAGCCAUCUUCUGAAGAUCCUGCAAUUCUUAACCAGCAAGAAUUUGGGGAUGGUUCAGAGGAAUCAAUUUAUGAUGAAAAUGCAACACCAGCGGCAGAUGAUCUAGAUCUAAAGGAGGAAAAUAGAGCAACAAGUAUGUUCUUUCUUCAUUUACCACCGACCUUGCCUAUUUUAAAGCAACCAGCAGGCCAACAGGUAACCAGUAGCUCAGGGGCACCGGGAGGUGCACAUAAUACAGAGAAGCCUUGUUCUUUGGGUGAGUUACCAGCUGGCUUCAUGGGUAAGAUGCUGGUGUACAGAAGUGGUGCAAUCAAGCUGAAGCUAGGAGACACCCUCUAUGAUGUCUCUACAGGAAUGAACUGUGAUUUUGCCCAGGAUGUUGUGGCUAUUAAUACCACAGAGAAGAAGUGUUGCACUAUUGGGGAGCUCAAUAAGCGAGCUGUUGUGACCCCAGAUAUCGACUCCGUUUUGAACAGUUUAGAGGACUUAUGAUGGUACUGCUCAUUUGCAAUACAGUUUUGGUCUCUGGUAACCCGGUAUGCUUUUGAGGAAAUUUUGAGUCUUAAUUAAUACUAUCAGAGGAAAUAGAUGACAAAUUUCAGUGGCGAGAUAAGAAAUUUUUUAGUAUACCAGCCACAAUAACUUGCAUAAGAGUUUAUUUUUUGACAGUCAUGUGAAAUGAACCUAUUGCAACUUAUUCUCUAUUCUGUUUUAUACAGACUGAGGUACAAAUCAGAUUACUCAAUAAAUGUUCAUUUUU